UGUUUCGCCCCAAACGUUACGUCGAUUGAUUAAGGGAUGAAAUUCACAAACAUCCAAUUAAAGCUGUAACGCGAUUUGCAAGUUUUCCAGCAAUCGAUAUAUGUUUCAACAAGCGAUAAAUUUGACAAUCACGUGUAAAGUGUAAAUAAACAGUGCGCACAGCAAAUGCCAAGUUGGAGCCGGAAAAGUCAAGUGAUGAUUGGGAAAGUCGGGAGGAAUACCUUGGGAGGUUGUGACGUUACAAAUGUUUGUUUUUUUGUGGUUGCUGCUUUGGGUGGGUUUCAGACGUGCCGAGGCUUACAUAGAAACGGUCUUCGUCAGCGGCUGUGAAUCCUGCAAACUCUACUUGACCUGCCGUCACCUAUCGUCGAUCAUCGCCGUGCUGGAGGCCGAUUUUACGCCCGAUUACAACACCACUGCUUUAGUUCCUACCUAUUUUCCACCAGUACACCCAAGGCAAGCAUUAAACAAGAGGUGCUCAGGGGUGAAUCACUGCAGCUUCAUUCUCACCGAGGAUUGUCCCGAUGCACAUUUGUGGGGCACUGGCCGGCUGAGGGUCAAAUACGUCUGCAUAUCAGAAAACGAGAUUAGGAAGUUCUGUAACAGCGAGAUCCUCCUCUCCGGCCCCUCCGAGGGUUUUAUCCACAACCCGGGCUACCCCCGAUUUUACUCCAGCCAGAGACAAUGCCGCUGGAAGCUGCGAGCCCCUCGAGAGCAACGCAUUCGUGUCACUGUUUUGGACAUCUCCAUCACUGCCGACAGGAUAACGCAUCCUGAUGAAUGCAGCGACCGGCUUGAGAUUCUCGAUUCGGGCCAGUUGGUCCAAACCACGUGCAAGCCCCAAGACCCCCCGCUGGAGGUGGUGUCAGAGAGCGAGUUCGUGGAGGUGGUGCUGGUCUCGGCCCAUUCGCUAGUGCCCCUCAGAGGCGUGCUUAUACACUACACUGCCGUGGGGUGUCCCACCCCCGACGCCCCUGAAGACGGCUACCUGGUCUAUAGGAACGAAACAGCUGCAGAAUACAGGUGCUGCAUCAAUCGGGCCUUUGAAGACGACGGACAAAAAACCAAAAUCAUCAACUGCGAGGGGGCCAAGUGGGACGUCGACCUCCCUCUGCCCAACUGUACUAAAAAACUUCAACAAAAGCCUCUGCUAACUGUUCAAGACAUCGGAAAAUCGAAAAAUAUCGAAAUGGUUUCAGAUGUUUUAGCACCGGCCUUACUCAUAGCGGCUUUAUUUUUGAUAAAUUUUAUGGUUCUAUUUUACAUUUAUAAAAUUAAGCAAAAACACGCUGAAGAAUUUGCUGACGAAGAAUUAGGAACGUUGCCACUGUCAAGUUGUGAGAAAGCCUCGCCUUGAAUUAUUUAUUUGUAAAAAUGACACUUUUAUAAUAAAAGUUUUAUUUAAUAA